AUGGUGUUUUUUACAUGCAAUGCAUGUGGUGAAUCGGUGAAGAAGGUACAGGUGGAAAAGCACGUGGCCGUCUGCAGGAACUGUGAAUGCCUUUCUUGCAUCGACUGUGGUAAAGAUUUCUGGGGCGAUGACUACAGAAACCACGUGAAAUGUAUCAGUGAAGACCAGAAGUACGGUGGCAGAGGUUAUGAAGGGAAAACCCACAAAGGUGAUAUUAAGCAGCAGGCCUGGAUUCAGAAAAUUAAUGAAUUGAUCAAAAGACCCAAUGUCAGCCCCAAAGUGCGGCAUCUGCUAGAGCAGAUUAGCGCUUUCGACAACAUCCCACGGAAAAAGGCAAAAUUCCAGAACUGGAUGAAGAACAGUUUAAAAAUCCACAGUGAGUCAGUCCUGGAGCAGGUGUGGGAACUCUUUUCAGAAGCGUCCAGGAACGAACCAGCCAGUGAGGAGCCUGAGAAACAGCCCCUCAACACAGUGCCCCAGCCGCACAAGGACGUCUCCGCCAGGCCGCCAACGUGCCCCACGCAUGAGGGCCCGGCCAAGCAGGCCGAGGUAAGGAAGAACAAGAGAGAAAGGAAGGAGGAGCGGCAGAAGAACAGAAAAAAAGAGAAGAAAGAGCUGAAACUGGAAAACACCGAGAGCCGCAAGGCAAAGAAGUGCAAGAAGGCCUUGGAGGCUGCCGGCGCGGAGUCUAACGGCACAGCCAAGAGAAAAGGCCAGAAGAGGGCUAAAGGCAAGGGCCCCACAGAGGGGACUGUCAACGGAGAUGGGGCUCUGAGGGAGGACUUCGCGGAGGAAGAGCCUCAAGCUGGAACCCGAAAACGGAAGCAUUCUGAAGGAGAAGCUGAUUCUACAAAGAAAAAGCUAAAGCUCCCUGCAGGCGACAGUGAGGGCGGAAUGCCGUCGCCAGACUGUGACUCCGCUCUGAAAGGUAAAUUCAACUGGAAAGGGACUAUUAAAGCAGUUCUCAAACAAGCCCCAGACAAUGAAAUAGCUGUCAAGAAGCUAAAGAAAAAGGUUUUAGCUCAGUACUACGCCGUGACGCAUGGACGUCCCAGACCCGAAGAAGAGCUCCUGGUCAUUUUUAACAAGAAAAUCAGCAAGAACCCCGCCUUCCGGCUACUAAAGGACAAAGUCAAGCUUUUGAAAUGA